AUGAAGCUGGUUCUCCUCGCCCUGGCGGCCGGCGCCGCGGCCGCGCCGCCGGAGGUACGCAUUCUGAGCCAGAAGUUCGAACGGGACCCGGAGGGCAACUACGAGUACGGCUACAAGCAGGACAACCGCCAGAGCGCCAGCGAGGUGGGCCGUGUGUCCCCCGGCCCGGAGCCGGGCACCGGCACUCUCAGCCAGACGGGCAGCUUCCAGUUCGUGGGUGAUGACGGCCAGACGUACCGAGUGUCGUACGUGGCGGACGAGGGUGGCUUCCAGCCGCAAGCGGCGCACCUGCCCGUGGCGCCGACGCAGAUCCCCGAGUACGCCCAGCUGAGGAUCGACCACCCGGAGCUGUUCUGGGCCUAG